AUAUUGGUCACCAUAGAUCUUAACCAAGAUAAAAUCGAUAAGCUUUUGGAAGGAAACGAGGGCCUUGAUUUACGUGCACCAGCUUGGGAAUGGGCACAACUGGGUGGUUUUGCGAGGCUGUGAAGAAAGAUCCUUCACUGUCUCUCCCUCCUCAAUUAAACAAAACUCCAAAAAGUGGGCCUUUAAUUGUCGAUUAAUCUCACACGUGGCAUGCAAAUCAGUUGAUGUCAGACUCGUGAGAAUUCACGUGAAGCCCAGCUUCCCCUUUGUAAUCUAAACAAAUUGGGCUUUCUGUUUCUAAACAGCGUAUGAGAAGCCCAUAACUAUUCUCAUCGAAUUAAGUUUUGUUAAACGGGGGUCAGCUUUGUUUAAUCCUUUUGUUUCCUUCAAAAAAGUGCAAAUAAUAAGCACUUUAAUGUCAACAACCUCAACUGCUUUUCAAAACUAUUUUGACGAAACCAUCCAAAUUUUCAAAUGAAUUGCUACCGGUUACACUAAUAAAGUUUUGCUUUCGUUUUGUUGUUGGGGUCCCUCUAUAGACGGACGUUUUAAAUUUAAAACAAGAGUUUGAAAUUUUGAAAAGUUAUAAGGUGUUAUUGGGCUAAUAGAGAGAGCAUUUGGGGUGUUCAAAAUAAAAAAAGAGAGAGCAUUUGAUAUUUUCUUUUACAGCCAAAUUUCGAACGGUGGUCGUGUUAACAUGUUACUAUCAUAUUACUUUAUGGCUUUGUGCUCUGAAGAUAUUAUUAGAUAUAUUUCCUUUAUUGCUCGCUUUAUCGCCAGCUUCACUAAGGUAUAGACCGUGAAUGUAUCUAAAUUAUCUAGUAUCAAUAUCAUAUAACGAAGAGAAUAAACGCUACAAUACUUUUUUAUUUCACAUUAUUCGUUUCGCAAGAAAUACAGCUUAGAAAACUAGUUAUUAUUUGUAACAAAAAAGAAAUUAUAACGUUUCGAAUAAUAUUACUUUUAAGUUUCAAACAAAAGGUAGAAUUGUGAUAAUUGUCCAAUAAAAAUAUUUAACAACGGUCCGAGCAGAGAGACAGGUCGGACCAAGUUGUCAAAGUGUUUUUUUUUCUUUUCUUUCAUUGUGUUGAUUUAAAAAUAAAACAAAAAAAUGCCUGUUUAUCAAUUUAUUAAUAUAUAUAAUUUACUAUUUAGUCAACUAAUAAUAUAACAAUUGUUAAAACACUGAAGUACUUAUUUAUAUGAUUAUCGUACAUGUCUUAGUUUUUUUUUUGUUCACAAACAUGUCUUAGCUAAUGUGAAAAAUAUUAACGAAAAAUAAUUACACGACGUGCAAUAUUAUAAAACAGAAGAAAAGACGAAGAACAGAAGAAAACGGUGGUUUUUUGGUUUCUGGAGAAACCAAAAAGUUUUGAUUUUUUUUUCUCUCUCUGUCUCUCUCGGCUUUCCUGCGAUUCUGAAAAAUCUCUCUGCUUCAUCUCUUAAAUCAGAAUCGUAGCAAUGGCCUUCUUCUUUUGAUCCUAUCAUCUCACAUUUUGUUGCAAAAAGGAAUAGUCUUUUACCAUCCUUGUCGCCGCCGAUCUGUCUCCGACACCCUCGAUUCGCUUCUUUAUGUUUCAACUCCGACAUAUAACAGACGAGGUGGGAAAAGAUCUUGUCUUUUUUAUUUUUUCAACAGCAUUGUAAUCGAGGAUGGCAAAAGGUUGGUUCUUUCUGGAGAAAGUGAGAAGAUGCUUGCGGACAGUGUUCUUCUUAGUUGCUAUGUUGGCUUCUCUGCUCGUUUCGUCGUUGCCUUUGCUUGUAGCUAUAUGCGAUGUGCUAGUGCCGAGCUUCUUGUUGUCGAGCUUCACUUGCGUGACGUGCUACGGAGCUAAGGAGCAUCUGAGUCGAUACGGUUUCAAGAGAUCCUUGACUGAUAUUCCUCUGGUCUCUGUCGCCAGAUCUUUCCUUGUCAUCUGUAUCUAUUCACUCUCGGACGUUCCUGGACUCUCGCACGGUCCUUACCUCGGAACUGUGUCUCUGUGCUGUGUGGUUUCAGUUCUACUUCUCUCAGUUAAAGCUUGUCUUUUCACUGUAACUUCUCAACUCAACACCGAAGCAGCCUCCUUCUCUCCAUCUAGGCAUCACCGGCUUCACCUGAAGAAGUCGUGGGGGAUGCCGGUUUUGUUCCUCUCGUCCGUAGUGUUUGCACUUGGUCACACGGUUGUAGCUUACGUCACAAGUUGUAGAGCUAGGAGGAAGAUUUUGUAUCACAGAGUUGACCCUGAAGCUGUUCUUUUAUGCAAGAGUAUCUUCUCCGUCCACCAGAAAGUCCCACGGUCUCCCAUUCCUAUGGCUGGAAAGGCGGCCUCCAAGUUUGAUGGAGAAGCAAAGAGGAAGCCUUUGUCCCACGUUGAAGGAGAGCUUCCAGUGAGUUUGCUUGCUGACACUGACAGUUUAUUCAUUAAACUUCGAGGUCUCACUGUGCAUUACAAGCUUUGUGCGCCUGGUUCACCAGAGGAGUCUAUCUCCCCAAAUGUUCUCGAAGGCAAUUCUAGUUACAGCACCACGCCGGAGACAGUGGCUGGAAGGUUGAAGUUCGACAGGAAAGUGUUGAGCAUGGCUGAGAAAAGCCAGCAUCAUCAUCAUCAUCAUCAUUACCACAGGAGCUACAGCAGCGUGUUUAACAAUUCUUCCUUGCACGACCCUCUUCUUGACAGUUCUCCUACUUCUCCUCCUCUGAUUUUCAAAGGAAGAGAGGAAGACAUGAUGAAUGUGUUCAGUUUUGAGGAUGAGGAGAAAGGCGUGGACGAAAGCGGUAAGUUUGGUGUGGUUUUGGUUCAUGGAUUUGGGGGAGGAGUGUUCUCCUGGAGGCAUGUGAUGUCUCCACUGGCUCACGAUCUCGGCUGUGUUGUCACUGCGUUUGAUAGACCUGGUUGGGGAUUAACAGCCAGGCCACAUAAAAUUGAUCUGGAAGAAAGACGGCUUCUCAAUCCUUACACACUUGAGAAUCAGGUAGAGAUGCUUCUUGCUUUCUGCCAUGAGAUGGGAUUCUCUUCGGUAGUAUUCGUUGGUCAUGAUGAUGGAGGUCUGCUUGCUCUGAAGGCUGCUCAAAGAUUGAUGACAAUCAACGAUCCCAUCAAAGUCGUGGUCAGAGGAGUGGUUUUGCUUAAUGUGAGCUUGUCAAGGGAAGUGGUUCCAGCUUUUGCAAGAAUACUUCUCCACACAUCACUACGGAAGAAGCACCUCGUUCGACCUCUUUUGCGCACUGAGAUAGCUCAAGUGGUGAAUCGUCGCGCUUGGUAUGAUCCUGCAAAGAUGACUACAGACGUCCUCAGGCUAUACAAGGCCCCUCUACACGUAGAAGGCUGGGACGAGGCACUUCAUGAGAUAGGCAGACUCUCAUCUGAAACGGUGCUUGCGCCUCAAAAUGCAGCUUCGCUUCUGAAGGCUGUGGAAAACCUGCCAGUACUAGUCAUUGCUGGAGCCGAAGACGCUCUUGUCCCAUUGAAGUCAUCCCAAGCAAUGGCGUCUAAACUCCUAAACUCUAGACUAGUAGCAGUCUCAGGAUGUGGGCAUCUACCACACGAGGAGUGUCCCAAGGCGCUUCUUGCAGCCAUGUCCCCUUUCAUCACUAGACUUGUACUCAGGCCAGAUCUCCAGAGUCAAUAGCCAAAUCACUUCUAGCUUACUACAAUCCAUUAGUGGAGGCCCAAAAUUUUGAGGUCAUGUUAGGUGAAUUCAUCAUAGGAUUUGUUGUAACCUUUCGUUUCUCUUCUGUGUUCUUUUGAGCGUGUUUCUUUUAUUAUUAUUCUCACUUGAACAUGAGUGUGGCACACAAUCGUGCAAGUCUCUCUGUAAAUUAUUCGGUUUGAAAUAUAAUGUAAAAUGCUUUUGUUUGCAUU